CCUCUCAUUGUGGUCAUGGCUCAAUCAGCCGAUUUUUGUCAUCGAGGACUUCCCGUCAACCCUCUCAUCCUCCUUCCAAGUGGAUGGGUGUACAGUGCAGAGUGGGAGUCAUUAUGUCCUACCGAGGAGACGCUUUUUGAUCUCCUCGAUAAUCAGUGUUUUAGUGCUGCUCUUCACUUCGCCAUUAACCACCCCUCCUCGCCGUUUAUUGAUCCACUUAGACGACCUCGGGCUGUCUCAUGGUUUAAUUUGGAGGUCAAUCCGGCCCUUAAAAAUGAUGUGGUUGCCAUAGUUAUCCCUAUAGUUGGCUGGAAAAGAAAUGACAUUCUGCAACUUAUGGAGACGUGCGAUAAAAACGCCAACGUUGAAUCUGAUUGGUAUAACACAUGCUACGUCGAAAUCCAUCGUUGUAUACAAAGUUGGAGGCUGACACAGUUGCUGAAUCUUCGUGUUGCUGUGGCUCUUCCCUGGCCUGACUUAAUCCCAUAUUUUGGCAAACAAAAUCCAUCUCAAAGUGAAAGUUCCUUCAUAGAUUUGAGAUGCUUUGCAAGGAGAGGAAUUGCUGUAAGCUUUAUUAAGGGGAAUGUCACCAUCCUGCCAAAUCUUUUUGAAGAGGCGACAAGAGAGCUUCUGCUAACUCUACUAAUUUUGACGAUUAAAGGCUAUGGGCGAGAGACGGAAACAAACUUUAUUAAUGGGACACGAAUUAUGCGAUACUUUGCCAGUGUAGUGUUCACGAUACACCUUGUGCACAAACCACCUUCAGUGCAACUAAUGCCGUCUAUUCCUCACAGAUCAUGCAUCGAAGGAGUCGAUUUUGACCCCAAUAUGCCGACCUUUCUACACAAUAGUGACGUUGUAAUUAUCAUGGACGACUGCAGCGAUCGAAGAGCCUCACUCUCCAAAGCCCUCAGAUCACGAUCGCCCAUUCGGCAAAAAUCUACCAAACGUUCCAGAUACUCCAUUCAGGAGGAGGAUUUUCGGUAUUUUAAAAACACAGGCAUCUUUAUUUCAACCUGUCCCGUUGAAAACUUUAGUUUUUCCACCCUCGCUAUGGCUCUACGUAAUCAGACACUUUCCGGUGCUGCGUUUACCAUUCCCAUGGAUGGAAGCCUAUCAUCGGAUGAGUUACAAUCCCUUUAUUACAUGAAGAACGUGUUGGCAGUACCACCUCCAUCGACAGCCGGUUUCGCGCCCAAAUUAUUGCGUCGUCAGCUGGCAGGUCUUGUUUUGCAAAGCAUUUCAGAGGGUCUUGGUCUACCAUAUCUCGGUUUCUCGGAACUUGUACCUCCAAGCGAUUUGAAAAGAACUUUCAGUUAUUCUGGAUCAAAUAAGCCUAAGAGCAGAGGAGUUCCAAAUCUAACAGGCAAAUUUUGGAGUGCUUUACGCAGCGGACGAAGCGGAAGGGAAUGCAGAGAGGACAGGAGUCAAUCGUUGUCCGCUAGGUAA